AUGACCCUUUAUCCCACAGAUGAGCUUCAUAGCGUUUGUUUAGAUGGUACUCCACCAGUGUACCAUCUCGAUAGAGGAUCUGAGGCGGGAAUCAAUAGUUGGUUGGUUCAUAUUGAGGGAGGAGGAUGGAGUAAUAAUAUCACAACCUGCCUAGCUCAAAAGAACCUAAAACAAGGUUCCUCCAAGGACAUGGCUAAACAGCUUGCUUUCUCUGGGAUUUUAAGCAAUGAGCCAAAGUUUAACCCUGAUUUCUAUAAUUGGAAUGGGAUCAAGGUUAGCUAUUGUGAUGGUGCAUCAUUUACUGUGGAUGUAGAAGAAGUGGAUCCUGCUAUUCUGUCUGGAAGUUCAGCUGGUGGGUUGACAUCAAUUUUUAGAUCUCUUGUUCCCAAGGGCGCUAAAGUAAAGUGCAUUUCAGAUGCUGGUUAUUUCAUAAAUGUGAAAGAUAUUUCUGGAGCAUUAUAUAUCGAGGAUUACUACAACAACGUGGUCAUGACACAUGGAGCAGCGACGAAUUUGCCAUCGUUGUGUACAUCAAAAGGGAAACCUGGAUUGGUAAGAGGAAUUUUCUUGACUAGAUUGAAUGGUUUUGCACCAUGA